UCUCUCCAGCUGUCUCUUCCAUUUCCGUCAUUUGUUUCCCCCUUUGAUUCUAUCUUGUACCUUUUUUGUACAUUUCAAUUUACGGUGAUUAUUGCCAUUUUUGAAGUCUUAUUUGUCGAUCUGGGGCUUACUCCACUGUCUUGAAGCUCCCUCUCACAGCUGUCGCCUCAUCGCUCUAGCGACAGCACCACAACCCUCCCAUAACACUUCAGCUGGUGAAGCGAGAUAUUUCCAUCCAAGAUGGUCGGACUUGCUUCAGCCGCUGGUCUUGUUGGCUUUCUCUCUGAGCCCGAUCCGGAGCUCAGAGUGUUUGCUCUGAAGACGCUAGACUCCCAGAUUGACCUGCUCUGGACAGAAGUCGUGGAUGCUGUUCCACAAAUAGAGGCACUUUAUGAAGAUGAGUCCUUCCCGGAACGCGAGCUUGCCGCCUUGGUUGCGGCAAAGGUUUACUACCACCUUCAAGAAUAUAAUGAGAGUAUGGUGUUUGCUCUCGGAGCAGGAAAGCUUUUCAAGUUGGAUAACGGUGGCGAGUUUGAAGAGACCAUAAUCGCAAAAUGCGUUGAUACUUUCAUCUCCCUCUCGGUUGCCCAACGGCCUGCAGCUGGUGACCAACCCGCCAACUUGAACACCGCAUUCCCGACCUCCGGUGAAGGUGCGACCAGCACUUCUGCGAGCCUGACAUCCCCGAUCACACCAUUCUCUCAGUCUGCCCUGCCAUCGAAAUCCUUGCUUUCUCGACAGGAGGUCCCUGGAGUGGACGCAGCCUACCCAGGAGGUGAAGACAUUAGCGUAAAGCAGGUAGAAACCCCACUUGUUUUGAAGCGAGGAGUCCAGGGUCAGCUGCAGACAGUCAUUGAGCGCUUGUUUGAAGACUGUUUCCGCCAGAAACGCUACCGCCAAGUGAUAGGAAUCGCUAUCGAAGCAAAGAGCUUAGAUGUUCUUCGCAAGACUAUCAUUCGGGCUAGCGAGGAUGAAAAGAAGCAGAACGGCGAGUCUAGACGGAGCGAAGAGCUCAUGGAGUAUGUCCUCGAUAUUUGCAUGGGCAUCGUUCAGGAGCGCGCAUUUCGGAAUGAGAUUUUAAAACUCAUUCUUGAACUGUUGAAUGAAAUCCCCGCGCCAGAUUAUUUUUCGAUUGCCAAGUGCGUCGUGUACCUGAACGAACAUUCCAUGGCAUCUGUUAUUCUUCGCCAAUUGGUUGAGAAGGGCGACGCACGUUCUCUAGCCGUUGCCUACCAGAUUUCCUUCGAUCUUUAUGACAACAGCACGCAAGAAUUCUUGAAGAAGGUUCGCGAGGAGAUUGCUGAACUUGUACCAGACAGCAAUGAGGCGGAAGAGACAAAGGAGGGUGAACAAGAAGAGCCGAAAGAAUCCGAUGCUUUGUUGGAAGACCAGUCUAGCUCCGAGCAACCUAAGUCCCUGGGCGCCGGUGCAAAACUCCCCAGUGAAGCACGUGCAGCAUUUAAGAACAUCUUGGACAUACUCGACGGCAUCAAGAGUAUCCAGUUGAAUUUGGAGUUUCUAUACCGAAGCAACAAGGCCGACAUUUCAAUUCUCAACAAGGUUCGCGACAGCUUGGAGGCUCGGAACUCUAUCUUCCACACCGCGGUCACGCUGUCCAAUGCCUUCAUGCAUGCUGGUACCACCCACGACAAGUUUUUCCGCGACAACCUGGAGUGGCUUGGCAAGGCCGUCAACUGGUCUAAGUUCACGGCCACCGCUGCUCUCGGUGUGAUCCACCGCGGUAAUCUCAGCCAGGGCCAGAAGCUCUUGCAACCGUAUCUGCCUAGGGAGCACAUUGCUGGCGUUGGAGGAUCUGGCUCCGUUUACAGCCAGGGAGGAUCGUUGUAUGCAUUCGGUUUGAUCUAUGCUAACCACGGUGGCAUGGCCGUUGAUCUCAUUCGUGAUCACUUCAAGAAGGCUACCGAAGAGGUCGUCCAACAUGGUGGAGCUUUGGGUCUGGGUGUCGCAGGCAUGGCCACUGGCGAUGAGGGUAUCUACGAAGACCUUCGGAACGUUCUUUACACAGACUCGGCCCUCAACGGUGAGGCUGUCGGUCUGGCCAUGGGUCUCGUCAUGUUGGGAACCGGCAAUAUGAAGGCUCUCGAGGAUAUGAUUCAAUAUGCUCAUGACACACAGCACGAAAAGAUUGUUCGUGGUUUGGCUAUGGGUAUGGCUUUGAUUAUGUACGGACGCCAAGAAGCGGCUGACGAGCUGAUCAAUGGCCUCCUCGGCGACCCUGACCCAACUCUCCGCUACGGUGGUAUCAUGACUAUCGCUCUGGCUUACUGCGGUAGUAGCAGCAACAAGGCUGUCCGCAAGCUUCUGCACGUUGCCGUCAGUGAUGUCAACGAUGAUGUACGACGGGUUGCAGUGCUGAGCUUGGGAUUCAUCCUUUUCAGAAAGCACCAGAGCGUUCCCCGUAUGGUCGAGCUACUCUCGGAAUCCUACAACCCUCACGUUCGAUACGGUGCUGCGAUGGCGCUUGGUAUCUCCUGCGCCGGUACUGGCUUGGAUGAGGCUCUUGACCUCCUUGAGCCAAUGCUCAAGGAUUCUACCGACUUUGUUCGACAAGGAGCUUUGAUUUCCUUGGCCAUGGUUCUGGUGCAGCAGAAUGAGGCCAUGAACCCUCGUGUUAGCAGUCUUCGUAAGGCCAUGAUGAAGAUGAUCGGAGACAGACAUGAGGAUGCUAUGGCCAAGUUCGGUUGCGCCGUUGCCCUGGGCAUUAUCGACGCUGGUGGCCGCAACUGCACUAUCAGCCUACAGACCCAGACUGGCAACCUUAACAUGCCUGGAAUCGUUGGUGCUGCUGUUUUCAUCCAAUACUGGUACUGGUUCCCUCUCACACACUUCUUGUCGCUCAGUUUUGCUCCCACCUCGGUGAUUGGUGUGGACCAGAAGCUUGAGGUCCCCUUCUUCAAGUUCCACAGCAACACAAGGCCGAGCCUUUUCGACUACCCUCCCGAGCAGCAGGUCAAGGCCGAGGAAGCACCGGAGAAGGUCAAGACUGCCGUACUUUCUACGACUGCCCAGGCUAAGCGUCGCGCACAGCGUCGUGAGAAGCAACAACGCCGUGAAAGCAUGGACGUCGACCAAACACCUACGACCCCCAAGGUGUCUGAACAAUUGCCGGAAAAGAUGGAAACCGACGAAGGUGCAGCCAAGGAAGAGGAGGCCAAGGAAGGCGAGAAGGGAGAAGGUCAGAAGAAGAAGGUCGAGCGUGAGAAGGUUGGAUAUGAACUCGAGAACAUGUCUAGAGUUCUCCCUGCUCAGCUCAAGUACCUCACCUUCCCCGACCCACGGUAUGAACCAGUUAAGCGGCCUACCGGUGGUGUGGUUGUCGUGCUUGACAAGACCCCUGAAGAGACACGAGAGACGAUUGAGAUGAAGGCGAGCAAGGAGGUCAAGCAGGCUGCCGCUGCAGAAACCCUACAGGACCGACUCCAGGCUGCUAUUGGUGCCGCUGCCAUGCAGACUCCUCAACGCGGAGCACGAGCUCCCCUGGGCACAGCCCCUAAUGACGAUGCAGGUGCUGCAGCCGCUGCGGGCGUCCUCAUGGCCGUGGAUGAGGAUGAAGAAGGAGGCGAAGAAGCACCUGUUCCGGAGGAUUUUGAAUAUGAAACUGACGGAAGUGACGAGUAAUGGGGGUAACGGCACGCACCAUUCCAGGUGCUGGUUGUAUUACUAGAAUAAUAGGGAUGUCUUUUAUCUUAAGCGAUGGCAGAGAUACUGCUUGAGGCAAUUUAACGUGAUUCGGGUUAAUUUACCUAAAUGCCUAUAUGUUUCCGUAUCUCCCACAGAUCCCCGGAGUAGAAUUGUUUCAAAUAGCACGAGUAGCAUAUGCACAGAGUCGAUUUCAACUGGAUUGCGU